CCAAUAUCUGACGAUUGUUCUUAAGAAUUGCUGGGCUCAAUACUAUACAGUCUACGAACGUUCGCUAUGACUGUGGCCUAUCGCCCAUGAUACCUUACUGAAUAGCGACACAAAAUUGAUUCAGUCUUGCACCAUCUCAACCGCACGUAUUCGUCCGACCAGACCGCCUGCUAUUGCUCGUCGUAAGCCUAGGCUGCCUGCAUCGAUCCAAGCGACCCCAUCUUCCAACCUCGACGGUUUCCGCAUAUUAUAGGGAUAUUAUUGAACAAAUUGCUAGCAUUAUCGCCACUUGAUUGUAUUACUGGGGCUUAGUGAGAUUUCGCUCAUCGAUACCAUCAGCAUAUUUUCGACCGAGUUCGCCUACGAGCGUUUUCAGCCAUCAAAAGUAUACCGAGUUGUCGACAUUCUAUGGCCGACCAUGACAUCUCGGAAUGAUAGCUCAUCGAACGAGGGUUCUGGGGAACCUAUGUCUCAAGAUUCAUUCCAGCCCCAACGCGGAAAUGCUGGUGGCAACACAAACGAAGACGAUAAUAACUUUAUCCCACGCCCGAAAAGAAUGGCAUGCGUUAUUUGUCGGAAGAGAAAGUUGAAAUGCGAUGGAAUAAAGCCCACUUGUGGGACAUGUGCCCGCGUGGGCCACAAUUGCGCCUAUGAUGAAGUUCGCAAGAAGAGCGGCCCAAAGCGAGGAUACGUCAAGCAGCUAGAGGCAAGACUUGCGCAGGUCGAGACGUUUAUUAGAAAUAAGGAACCAGAAAACCCAUCGGCUAGCCGACAGACCCCUCCCAAUCCGUUGGAAUCAUUUCAGAGACCGUCAGAUAUAUCAUCUAUGUCAAAUAACUCUUUCCAGCAACUCUUAGAAGGGCUGGGCCAGACUCAACUCUUCCAAAACUCUGUUCCUGCAGAUUCAAAUAAUUCGGAAUCCUCGUGGGAAGUAAUCAGUUUGGGGUUAGAAGAGCCACUACCGACUCAGGAAGUUAUGGAUGAACUGACUAGACUGUACUUCUCAAAAGUACACCCCUCCACGCCAAUGAUUCAUCGCCCUCGUUUCUAUGCUGCCAUGAACUUGGCUCCUAAUAUGCGCCCUCCGGUCUGUUUGCGCUAUAUCAUGUGGGCAUUGACCGCCUCUAUUACACCGAAAUACGCCUUUUUGGAAGAACAUUUUUACGCGCGUGCCCGAAAGUAUAUCCAAUUGGAUGAGAUGAAAGGUCACGGAGAGCACAUCGUCAGUGUAGCUCACUGUCAAGCAUGGUUGUUGAUCUCACUGUACGAAUUUAAACAAAUGCUAUUUCCAAGAGCUUGGAUUAGUGUUGGGAGAGGGGCGAGACUGACAGCGAUGAUGUGCUUCAAUCGUCUAGAUGGAGUUGGUUUGGACGUCAAGCAUUGCAUUCCACCGCCUCGCGACUGGAUUGAGAGAGAAGAAAGACGCCGAACGUUUUGGAUAGCCUUCUGCCAUGACCGUUAUGCUAGUAUUGGUACGGGGUGGCCUAUGAUAUUUGACGAGAGAGACAUUAUGACGAAUCUUCCUGCUAGCGAGGAUGCUUUCGUGACUGGCAAGGCCGAGGUAGCACCAACAUUGAAAGAUGUUUUGGCUGGCGAUAUUGCAAAUUUAUCUCCUUUAGGGAGCGUGGCUUUGAUGUCGUGCAUUUUCGGUCUUAAUCUCACCCAUCUCCAUCGUCCUGACUCCCAGGAUAGGGAAGGCGAUGUGAAUGGUGAAUUCUGGAAACGGCACCGGGCUUAUGACAACAUACUCUUGAAUAUCUCACUCUCGCUACCGAGCUCGCUUCGUUUACCACAUGGCAUCUCAGACCCGAACAUCAUUUUUGCCAAUAUGAGUAUCCAUACAUCGACGAUUUGCUUACAUCAAGCUGCUAUUUUCAAAGCUGAGAAGAACAAAUUCCAAAAUCAAAUUGCGGCAGAAAGCAAAAGACGGUGUAUCAUCGCCGCGGAUCAGGUUGCGAGUAUAAUGAAGAUGGUCAGCCAUACAGAUUUAUCUUUGAUGAACCCUUUUGUCGCGUUUUGUCUUUACGUUGCUGCUCGGGUUUUCGUACAAUAUCUUAAAUCACGAGCGGAUGACCAAGCUGUCAAAUCCUCAUUGCAUUUCCUGCUUACUGCAUUGAAUGCAUUGAAACAGUACAGUUCCCUCACGGAAUCAUUUUUGAUUCAAUUAGAUGUUGAUCUGGCGGGGAGCGAGUUUGGCCUUUCAACGACAAAUAAUACGUCUCAAAAGCAAAAGGAACCAUUCGAUGAGUGUUCCACAAUUGCUAAUAUACGCCUAGAGAAUGCCACGGAGAUUGGCAAUACCAAUUCCCCCGACAGCCGAGGUGGCUCUGUUUCAUCCCAGAAUAUUGGCUCUGUCCCAAGCCGACAGCGCGGUUACAAUUUGAAUAACCCCGGAUCUACUAAUAGAUCUGUGAAUUCAAAUAGUAAUGCAAGUCCUGGAAUUGAUGAGAAUCAGUUAUGGCCGAACAAUGAAAUGAACAUCUCUCCCUCUUUUAACCUCAGUGACAAUCCGUCUGGGUCUGAUAAAGCCUCACCCGCCACCAUGAACUCAUCGAAUGCUGCUAUUACUCCCUCAAGCAUGGACAAGCCAUUGUCAACUACUCAGCCGCAAAAUGACAAUAUCAACAAGAGCUCGUCCAUUCCUGAUAUAGCGUCUUUCAACCUCGAUGGCAAUGAUCCAUCCCACCACUUCAGUGGCUCGACUCCACACUUCUUCGAUACGGCAACGAUGAACGUCGAUAUCGACUCAACAGGCAUGGAAAACCCAUUUGCCCUAAAUGCAGGCUGGUCACAUCCACUGGAGCAACCUACAGGGUUCGAGGACGCUUCGCUUAAUAAUAUGGUCGAUGAUUUAGAUCCCCUUUCUAAUCGUCAGUUCGAACAAAUGCUGCAAGGCAUGGGUUGGAACGGAUGGCCCCAAUGACAGUCUUUAUUUGGAAACCAGGCGGCAAUCUUUCUUGUCAAAUUUGAUGAUAUAUAUAGAAAUAUGUAGAGCUGGACAUGUUCUGGGAUUUGGGGCUGGCGGAGUACAUUUGGCAAAUCUCGAAGAUAUCCACGAUCGUUAUGUUAUGCACCUGUUGUGAUUUGCUAUUUGAUUUGAGUAUAUACUUUACCGCAUAAUAAUUUCUCACAUAAUAACAUUUUGAAUAGCUAGAAAUUCUAAGAGGUUCAUUCAGCG